CGGGGCGCGACCGCUAAAGAUCCAACCGGGGUCGACCGAGCAUGAUCGUGGGCAAGAGCUUGUGUGAUGGACCGUCUGAGGCGCCGCCCGCGCCGCCGAUGCCGCCGGUCGUCUCGCCCAUCCAGAACCCGUCCAACCACGUCUUCAAGAAGCGCCGCAAGGUGCAAGAGCGUCUCUUUUUGCGUCCGCUCUCGAGUGCGCUGGGUGCCGCGACAGCAAUCGGCGGACCCGAAGAGUCGACAGCCACCGAUGAGGACGCGGUGCGCAAACCAACGCGCGCAGCGUCCCGACGUGCCACAACUAAGGACCCGCUGGGCGCGACGAGCCCAACCAAGGCAUCCCGUGCUGCGCUGCGCAAGCGCCAACUGCAGUGCAGUGCGUCGGAGCCGACGCUGCGCCCCAUGUCGCGGGCAGCAACGCCACAUGCCUUCAACGACGCGGUGCAGCCGCUGCCGGGCACGCACGUCGCCGCGCUCGCCGAGAGUUUGUCGGCAGCCUUUGUACAGCAGCAUUUUCCGUCCUCUUACACCCAAGACACGGGAGUCGCUGGGCACCUCGCGCUUGACCCCGACAUUCAGGAGUAUUGUCGGCGCGGCCCCGUCGCGUCCGUGUGCCGGGACCUCGGCACGUUCUGGCUCACCAACAUGCUUCGUACCUAUGACAUUCCUCGGACGACACCCGUCGACUGUGCCCGCGUCGAAACGCAGCUGCAGACUGUCAUUGCGCACGCCAAGCAGCACUUUCAGUCGUCGGACGCUGCGUUCACGGAGCAACUCAUGGACGUCGUGGCCGCCAACGUACUUUCGCACUGCUCGUCGUCAACGGAUUUUAUGCAGACGGUGGCGGGGCACUACCGCGAGCUCCUCACACGGUUGCCGUUUCUCCUCGACGAACGCGAACGCAAGCUCGAGGUUGCCGCCGGCACGAUCGCGUCGCUCGAGAGCAAAAUCUGUGACCUUCGUGCUUUGCACACGAGUGCGCAAGACGAGACCGAGGCAGCACAACGCGAGUGGCAGCGCGCGCAAGCCGCACACCGAGCGAUCGAGGUGCGCCUGCAAGACAUGGCCGUCGUCGUCGAAGGCGCUGUCGCCGCAGAACUGGCCCAGACCAAGGCCCUGCGCGAGAGUCAGCUGCAAGCGCAGGAGCAGCAGUACACGUAUGAAAUGCGUAUCAACGCGCUGCAGAUUGAGGCGCAGGACUUGACGUCGAGCGUCCAAGAGCUCCAUGCCGCCAUCGAUUCCAAAGACGCUGCGCUCGCCCUUUACGCCCACGUCCAGAGCGAGCGGGACGCCGCCUGUGCCGAUAUUGGAGAGCUCACUGAGCAGCUCGCAGCGCUCUCGGCCGCACACAAAGAACUCGUGGUGCGUCAUGAGGACGCCAUGCGCACGCAGCAAGUGCUUCUCUUCCGGCUCAGUGUCGUCGACGCCACGUCCGACGACAUGCCCACCGGGUCAAACCCGUCGCCUGAGAGUAUGAAAAACAUCAAAAUUCCCGCCGACGUCGACGAGACGCUGCACGCACUGCGGCUCAAGGUGACCGAGUACGAGCACCAGAGCGUCCUCGCCCACGCCGAGAGCAUCCGGAAAGAAACCCGCGUGCGCGAGCUCGAGUUUCUCUUGGAAGACCGCCGGCAACAGUUGCAGUCGGCGGCGGCGGCGCGCUCGGAGCUCCAGCGGCAACACAAAGUGCUGCAAGACCAGUUGCAGGCGCUACCUCGCCCGUACGAGGCCGAGAUUCGGCGAUGGCGUGCCAAUGUGACCUCGCUCGAGGCCGACAAAGGCGACCUUCUCGUCGACUAUGGUCGGCUGGUUGCAGAGCGCGACACGGCCAAAGCCCAAGCAGUCCUUGACCGCGCCAAGGCUGCGCGGUAUGAAGUUGGCCUUGGCAACAUGGUGCCUCGAUUUCGGGCGCUUCAAACCGAGUACACGCGCAGCGUGCUGACGACGCGCGCCGAGCUCCAGGCCAUGCAGAGCCUCCUUUCGACCACCAGUCUUGACAUUGACGGCCGGGCACGAGCAAUCGUCGCCAACGAAGCGGCGCUGGAAGCCAAGAUGCGCGCACUCAUCGGCACGGCAAUCGGGCGAGACCCUGCUGUACUGUUUGUCUUGCAAAUGCUUCAUACCAAGCUGCAAGCACUCCGCACGGCGCUCAACGACUUGCGCAAGGAAGCAGCGUCCGCGAUCCAGUCGCUCGCCUCGUCCCACGCCACGUAUGAGCGUCGAUGCCACAAAGGUCCUUAA